CUACAUCAGCUGUUCAGUCGCCGUUUUACAGCACUGUCAGCUGGUGGAUCAACAACGUUGUUUUAGUCAAAUUUUUUAAUGAAUUAAAACUUCUAAAUAAAGGACUUUAAACGCAUAUUGAGUUAUUUAAAAGCUGCCGCUAACCACCAACCAAAAUGCCCUCCUACGAGCUAGCACUGGUGCUGCGUCAAUUGCCUCGCCCCGAACUGAUUUCCGUGAUAAAGCGAACGGCCGAGUCCAUCCUGGACAAGGGGGGCAUCAUUAGGAAGCUGGAGAACCUGGGCACCCGUGCCCUGCCCCACAAAGUCAGCGAACACGGAGUGGUGCAUCGCGAGGGUACUCACUUCACCAUUGCCUUCGAUACGGCGCCCACGAGGAUUGCCGAUCUGAAAGAGGAAUUCGGCCGCGAUAUAGACAUCGUGCGGCGCUAUAUCUUCAAGGUGGAGGAGCCCGAGCAUAAACCCUGCACGCUGCACGAGGAGAUGCUGCCACCCGCCUACCGCAAGGAUGUCCAAGAGAUUGUCGCGGCUGCCCAGAGAAAGCAAAAGAAGAAGUACAACUACAACUCCGGCUUGGACUACUAUCCCUUCCAGAAGUAAACCCCGAAUAAAGCUCGCUCAUUAUUAA